GAAACCGCGAGUGGACGUCUCCAAGAGAACGCGAUAAGUGAAAAGAAAUACCGAAACGCUAGCGUUGCUGUUCGUCCUGUUCCCGAGGAUUAUACAAUAACAAAACUGACCGAAAUGGCUCUGGUUCCGGCUACAAACAACACCGAUUGGGAUUACUGGGAUUACCGCCGUCGCCUGUGGCGCGACUGGGAUUUGGCCGACUGGGAUUUGCCCUACUGGAAGCGGUCUCUGUCCCGCGUGGGAUCCGCACCCGAUCUCAGCCGGGUGAUCGUUGGCAAGGAUGGCUUCGAGGCCAACGUGGAUGUGCAUCUGUUCAAGCCGUACGAAAUCACGGUGAAGACCACCGGCGACACUGUGGUGGUGGAGGCCAAACACGAGAAGCGCCGCGAUGGAGACACCUUUGUGGGCCGCCACAUUGUCAAGCGAUUCGUCCUGCCCCGAGGAUACUAUCCCAAUGACGUGCGAUCGGAGCUCUCCUCCGACGGCAUCCUCACCGUGCGCUGUCCGCCAUAUCUGACCAACGAGCGGAGUGUCUAUGUCCGCCAAGUGGGUCCCUCGUAUCUAAGCAUCAAGAACUAACCCGCCUUUGGGGUCUGGCAGAGUAUCCCAGAUCGCACAUUCGUGUUUUGUUUUUAGUUCUCUUCUGUUGGAGCAAAAUCGAGCCACCAAAUUAAUGCACACGACCAGGCGAAUGAGUACGCCUGAGACUUUUCGAGAUUCAUAAUGCUAAGACUAGAAUUGGACUCUUUUUGUAAUUAACAAGGCAACCUUUUGUUUAGUUAAAUAAAAUAAAAGUUUAAUUUAUUAAUAAUUAA